AUGCGUGAACAGCAACAGCAGCAGGGGCGUCCGCCCGUCUCCUUCGCGCCAGACGGCACACCUCAGCAGCAGCAGCAGCAGCAGCAGCAGCAGCAGCAGCAGCAGCAGCAGGGGUCGGAUCCUGACCUGCUACUGGACAUGGAUGACGAGCUGACUAGGCGACUCCAGGCAAUCGGCGCCAGCGGCAGCGGCGCCGGCAGCGCCAGCAGCACCUUGGGCGACGUCAGGGCUCCCCUUGACGCGGUGCACACAAGCAGCAGCAGCACCACCCCCACCACCACAAGCAGCAGCAGCAGCAGCAGCAGCAGCAGCAGCAGCAGCAGCAGCAGCACAUCAGGCAUCAGGCCAGCCGCCGACGAUGCUGCGGCGGCGACGGGGGCGUCUGGCAGUGGCGAGGGCCUCGUCUUUGAGCCGCUGAUGUGGCCCAGGGACCGCAGGGGCGCAGUGGCCUUGGCUGCUGCCGCCGCCGACGAGGCCGCGAGCUUCGAGCAGGCGCAGCGGUGGCGGCGGACGCGUUUCGGCGCCGAGCUCGACCCCUGGGCGCCGCUGCCGUCGGAAACUUUGAUCAGGGCGCGCCUGCCAGCCGCCGUCUCGAGCCUCAUACAAGACACGCUCGAGAGGCGGCGCGCGCGCGCCGAGGCGCGGCGCGGCUCGGGCGGCCCGGGUGCAGGCGCGGGCGGCGCGGCCGGCCUCGACCCCGCGCUCGCGUUCGACGUCUUGCGGCAGCUUCCGCUGGAGCAGCUGCAGCUUCUCCUCGACGACUCGGGGCUGCCGACCUUUGGCUCCAAGGACGUGCUGCUGCACAGGAUUGCUAACGAGCUCGCGGGGACCAUGCCAGGGCAGCGCGACGAGAACGGGGGCGCGGCGGCGGCGCGGGGCCUGCACCCGCACCGGGCGCGCGUCGCGGCGGCGGCGGCGGCGCGGGCGGAGCUGAUGUCGUCGGUCGUGGACGCGAGGGUGGUCUGCGGCUGGCUGGUGGCUGCGAGGGCGGAGGACGUCUUGUUGAUCGACGUCAGGGGUCGCGCCGGCGGCACCCAGCACGUGGUCCUGGCGACCGGCGCCAGCCAGCGCCAUGCGCACGCGUGCGCCGAGGCGGUGCGGUGGCAGCUACUUGAGAAGGCACGCGCCGAGCUGCGGCGGCGCCAGCAGCAGCAACAGCCAGACGGCGAUGCCCCGCGGCGGGCGGCGGGCGCGGGGCUGGGCGCAGAGUGGGGGGACCGCCUCCUGCCGGCGCUGCGCGUGGCGGGCGGCGCGGCGUCGGACUGGGUUGCGCUCGAGGCCGGGACUGUGGUAGUCCACGUCUUCACCGAGAGGGCGCGGGCCUACUACGAUAUUGAGGGCCUUUGGGGGGCGCCGGGCCGCGUGCUGGCGGUGCGGCCGGGCGCUGCGGCGGGCCGGGUGAUGACUAAGGACACGAUCCGGUGA